UAAGAAUUUCUUAUUUAUCCAUCUCACUACUCAAUAGUGAUAAUUCUAAUGAUGGUAAUUUGAUAAUAAUUGACCUAUCAUUAAUUGAUUUAGUUCAUUCAAUAAUAAAUUUAUUCAACUUUUUUAAAAAGCCAUCAUUAAAAUUAUUACAGUUGUUAUUGUAUCUAAGAUCGUACUAUUUCACAUCAAUUGAGAAUAAUAACGGGAGUGAACAGAAUUGUUCUAAUAUAUUAUUUAAUUUGAUUAUUCAAACAUCGUAUUCAAUUGGAUUAAACAGAGAUCCAGUCUUAUCACAUUUUGAAAAUUUGAAUUUAAUCGAUGAAAAGAAUUAUAUGGAUUAUAUUAAUUAUUCCAAAUUUGUUGAAUAUAAUAAAUUGAAUUCGAUUCAGUCAUGGAGAAAAUUAUGGUUUUCAAUUUAUAAUUUGGAUAUAGAUCAUUGUAUAAUGUAUGGGUCAUUUUCAAUAAUUGAUGAUAAUAAUUUUGAUACUAAAUUUCCAAUUAGUAAUGAUAAUAAUGAUGAUGAUGAUGAUGAUAACCAGUUUUUAAAAAGUCAGUUUGAAUUUAGUUUGAAUAAUUUAAAGCCAUUUUUGAGUAAAUUAUUAAAUAUUCGAAAAUCAAUGAAAAUCAAUGAAUUAAAUGACAAUUUUAAGGAGUUUCAAAACCAGUUUUAUAAGAUAGAGAUUUUUGAUAAGUUCAAAUAUUGUGAUUUAUUAAUUAAUAGAGAUAAAACGUAUUCAAGAGACGAUUUUUUACAUUUGAUCAAGUAUUUAAAAUUGAAAAGUUUCAUAUAUCAAAUUGAUUAUCGGAUUUUUUUAUAUUAUGAUGAAAAAUUGAAAUUUUACUUGCAAUUCCAGGAAAAUGGUUUAAAGAAUAGUUUGGAAAAUGAAAAGAUCAGUAAAGAUUAUAAAAUAUUAGUCGAUAGUUAUUUUGAAAAGUUAAACAGCUGCUUCAAGAGUUCAUUAGAGAUUAUUAAUUGUUUAAUUUUUUUUUUUAGUUAUAAAAAUGAGGAAUUGAAGAAUUAUAAUAUUAUAUUGAUACCAUUGUUUUUAAAUUUGGUUAGAAAUGUUAUUAAUAUACAUUUAUCAUUUGCCAUUAGAAUAAUGAUAUUCAAGGCUAUUAAGAGCGAAAAAACAAAUGAUUGUGAUAAAUUAGAAAGAAAGCUUGAAUUGGAUAAUGAUUCAAUAAUCUUAAGUGAAAUAUUUAAACAGAUAAUUAAGAUGAUAGAAAAAGUAUUGAAAAUAUUGGAAGAGAAAAAGUUUCGAAAAUAUUAUUGGACAUUAAGAAUAUCAGUUAUGUUUUCCUUUAUACUAAAAUUGAUAAAUAAAGAUGACAAGAAGAGUGAGAGUGAAAAUGAGAAUCAAAAGAAGAAAGGAAAAGAAAAGGAUAAAAUAUUUGGUUUUAAAAUCACUGAUAUUUUUGAUGUCAGAGAGUUUAUAACAAAAGUGAGCGAUGAAAAUGAGGAAGCAAGCCAUUUAUUGAAUGAAUAUGAUUUCAAAAUCCAGCAAAUCUUUCCAAAUCCAAAAUAUCAUGAAGCAAUGACCAAGUUCAUCAGAUCAAAUGAUAAGGGAUACUACAAGGUCUAUGAAACAUUUUUGAAAUAUGAGCAGCUUGAGAGUCUUGCUGAUGAGGACAAAACAGAGCCGAGAAACACCGAAUUUCCCGUCGGAAGUCAAAUUAAAGAGAGCAAAGCAAUUUGCUUCAACGAAAGUGAGAAACAUUACACACUAUUCAGAGACCACAGAUUGAACAAAGAGUUUCGAGUGAGUCAAAAACAGGAGGAGAAAACCCACUCAGUCAAUAUCAACAACGAGCUCAUAGGCUUGCUUGACCACAUUUCGUUCGACCAGUUAUAGGAUGUAGUAAUAGCAUGUUCAUUUUUC